GCUAAAGUUGACCAUCUCACUCCGAUGGAAAUUAAUACAGUUCGUCCAUUUCUACCCCAUGCUUUGGACCAAUUAUUCAGGCUAAGACAGGAGAAAAACUCUACCUACAAUCAGACCCAAUAAAUUUAUUCAACAAGCAUAUAAUCACCGUGAGAUGGCGUCAAAUAGCCCUGAUCCUUCAAAAAUUCGGCGGUUAAUCAGCCACGUUCGAAAGCCUCUAGUCUUCCGUGGAUUAAUAGAAUCGUGGCCUAUGCUAAAGUUUUCUCAAAAUGACUGGGAUAAUUUGUUUCGUCAAAUGGUGUUAGAAUGCCGAGUUGGUAGCAGAAACUCCCGAGGUGAUCAACCUCAAUGGGAAGGUGAAUCUGACAAUAUCAAGUGCACGUACUCCGAGUUCAUCAAGUGGUCCGAGAAUUCUGGUGAUGUGUGUAACCCGGAAAUGAGUAGUUUAGAAACGGACAAACAUUUCCUCUAUUAUGGUUACAAAUAUAUGAAGGACAUUUUCGAUUCGGAAGUCCUGCGAAUGACGGAAUGGAAAGCGUUCGGCUAUCCCGAAAAAAAUGGAGCUGAAUCAACGUUCUGGAUGGGUACAGCUGGUGCCCACACUCCGUGCCAUUAUGAUACCUAUGGAUGUAAUCUAGUGGCCCAGUUAUCUGGCAGGAAGCGCUGGAUUCUUUUUCCUCCGGAAGAUACUGAUUUUCUCAAGCCAACACGCGUACCAUACGAAGAAUCGAGUGUUUACAGCAGGAUUAACUUUGAAAAAUGGAUUGGAACCAUACCCAAUAUCAGUGGCACUCAUCCCCACGUGGUAGACUUGGUUCCUGGUGAUGUUCUCUUCGUUCCGAGGCAUUGGUGGCAUCAUGUACGCAACGAAGAGUUGUCAAUUAGCAUCAACACCUGGCUGGAACUCUCCAACGAUGAUCAAGAAGCCCGUCUGCAUGAAUCGCUGGUCAAGUUCUUAGUGGCGCACACCUGUCGUAAUCUACAACCGAAUGUGGUUUCCGAAUUGCUUAAUCCAAACGAAGAAGACAUGACGUAUGCAGAUCUGGAUGAAAUUCAAAACUUCGUUCACUAUUCUUUCAAAGCAUUGAAGGAUAACGAAGCUGAUGGCAGAAAUGUACCAGAAGAUGUCGAUGCUUUGCCAGAUGAGCCGUGGAUUCUUCCAGUUGUUUGUAACGAAUCGUUCGAGCCUAAAGUAAAAAAGGCUCGCUCCGCUGACGCCCACUCAAAAAUUGUAGUUCUCGAUGUUGUAAGAGCCUUCUGUCAUCCGCGUGUUAUUGAAACUGUAUCGCAGAUUCUCAAAAAUGAAUUUAAAACUUAGAAAUAUUUUUCAUCCAAGGUUGUUCUUUUUUCCCAUUUUUGUUCGCUUAGUUUUCGCAAGUUGUUCUAAAGAACUAUUUCCGUUUUUUCUUCUGAUUCAACUUAGUAAUAAAACGAAUUGCCUCGCGUUUAUGCUUGACUGGGGGCAGUUAACUUUCAAAUGGUUGAGGGUUCAUCGUGUCUCGCCACGACAAGUAAGAAAUCCAAAUAGCUUAAAAAAUAAAGGAGAAAGUGAACAUCAGUUUAAGUUUAUUGUCCAUUACAUAUUGAUAUAACAUUUGUCCGAUUUUUAGUGAAACUGAAAUACUGAUAAAAUACAUGUGCUCUAAAAAGACUAAGAAGAAGGUAUAUCAUGUAUGCCUGGCACACAAAAGUUGCAAUGUUUAUGCACUAUCUUAUGGUAGAUCAAAGAAAACUUGUCGUUGCUGCAAAGUCCACAUUGGCAAUGUUUUUUUGUUUUUUUCCAUUCAAUAAUAGCCCUAUUCACCAAAGAACGUUGCCGGGAAUAUACUUGUCGAUCAGUGAUUGAUAGUAAGGGGUGAGUGCCUUCACGUCGGGAAUAGAAUCGCUUUUGGUGUACAAGUCAAAUUCACUGUAGAAAAUCAUAACAAUUUACGAUCUGUGACCGUAUAUAAUAAAGUGUCAAAGUAGGUUAGGAUUACUUGAACUCGCGGACCCAUGGAAGCAUUUGCAAGUCACGUUCGGAACACAGGUGCAUGUAAUCGCCGCCGGAGUGCCACGGAUAGAACGAGUGAAACCUAUUCAUCAUAUCAUAAAAAUAUAAACAAAGUCGUGUGAAAAGCAAUAACGCGCGCACAAUUUUCUCCUGUCAUAUAACGAGAAAAGUCAAAUUCAGAAUUCCAAUUCAUCGCCUAGAUGCGGAACUCGUCUGCAACUUUCCAAACUUCCGGAGAGUAUUUAAAGGCCCAGCGUGAGGCAAUAAGGAAUCAAUCGCAUCCAGAAGUCCUCGUCAGACGAAACCAAGAUGAAAUUCUACGCAACUGUUUUGGUAUUGGGAUUGAUCUUGGCUCUCAAUCAAGCCGCUCCAGUUUCUCCGGAGGAAAGGCAAUUUGACAGCAUUGGACAGACAUUUAGUACCAUUGCUGGGAUCCCUGCGAGUCUAGCCUCCUUAUUCACGCCGCCAGUUCUUCCGAGUUUCAGCGCAUUACGCACCAUGAUGAGCUCCUUCUUCAACUUUUUACCAAAUCUAAUUACUGAUUUGUAAACGCAACUGCCUUACACACGCUGGGCGUCGCUUGUUUUUCUUUUCACAUUUUCUUUACAGUUUUUCCGACCGUUUUCCCGAGAAAAUAAACAAUAAAAAAUAA